GCGGAGGUGUUCCUGUACUUUCGUGUUUCGUGUAUCGUGUAUCCGCGACGGAACUGUUAACUUGUCGAAAUCUAGAUAGCUUAUUGUUAAUGCUUGUUGUUUGUUACGUGAUAUGAAUUUAGCGGAUAUGUAUAUGUGUGUGUAUGAGUUGAACAAAAUUUAGGCAUUUAGCUGAUUUGUAUAUGUAUGUAUGUGAUUGGAUAAUGAAUUUGGAUGAUAUGCUUUUGCAUGUAUAUAUAUGAGCUGGAUAUAAAACUAAUACAGUAUAUGUGUAUGUAUGUAUGUGUAUGAGUUGAGAAUGAAUUUAGCUGAUAAGUACACAUAUAUGCAUAUACACAGGUGGCACUGCGCUAGCCAGGGAGCUAAUUAGAUGAUAAUUCACAACAUAGUAGAUAUCGCGAUUGGUUAUAAUUGUUGAUCACCGAGUUUCUACGUGUAUAUAUGUGUGUAUAUGAGAUGGAUUUGAAUUUAGUUGUGAUAUGUUUUUUUUGGUACGUGUGAGUUUCCGGAUUGGUACUGCUGAUCAUGUUCAGGUUAUAAAUGCUAACUGAUAAAAACGGUUAUUUUGGAUUGUAUCGCUGCAGUUAAUUUUAUUGUUUGGUUUUAAUGAUCGUAAUUGGUUGAAUUGGCUAUGCUCAUAUAGUACAUCCGUACAGGUCAAAAUUACAAAAAACGUAACAUGUCAAGAGACACGAGCUGAUAAAUAUUAAUUUAUGAAUGAAAUAAGAAUUAGUUCAGACAUUGUUUUGUUUCUUUUCACGAGAAGACAUAGGUGUGGUAUAUAUGUAAAUUUGUCCGCUUUCGAUGUUAUGAUAUCUUAUACGUUAUCGGCAUUCCAUAAAUGUUACUAAAUAUCCUUGUCGUUGUAUAUUGGAGCUGAUUUGAAUAUUUUCCCCAUUGGUAUGGAUAUACCCUUUUACUUGCUUACACCAUAAUUUUUGGACUUACAAACAUCUUUGACCUUGUUCUCCUCUUCCAUAUAUCAUUGAACUCAUUAAACUGUAGUUGACAUGGUCUUGGAUUUUACAAGGAUCCCUAUAUCUAAUGUUUGUUUGCAAUUUUAUAUUAUUCGUUCCUCACGGUUUUCCCAAAUCUGCACUAUUUGGAGCUUGAAAGUUGGUUCAGUUACUGCUAUUUACUACCAGAGAGGUUUGAAGCUGCUGUCUUAUAAUGGAAACUGAGAAUCUGGCAGAUGAUGCUGGGAAUAAGUUAUUGCUUCCACCAACACCUGGAACUUUUAAAAACCGUGAAGAACUUAUUACAUAUGUCCGUGAAUUUGGUGCUAGCCAAGGAUAUGUGGUAACUAUCAAAAAGUCUAAGAGAGACAGAAGAGUUAUACUUGGUUGUGAUAGAGGAGGUGUUUAUCGCAACAGGCAUAAGGUUGAGGAGAAGAAGCGUAAACGAAAAUCAUCUUCUCGUCUUAUUAAUUGCCCUUUCGAAGCUAUAGGCAAAAAAGAUGAUGAUGAGUGGGUGCUAACAGUAAAACAUGCUGAGCACAACCAUGAAGCAUUAAAGGAUAUGUCUGAGCAUCCCUAUAGUCGUCGUUUUACUGAGGAAGAGGUCGCCCAAAUCAAGUUGAUGACUGAAGCUGGUUUAAAACCACGUCAGGUUCUCCAGGCUCUUAAGCAGAACAAUCCCGAGCUUCACUCAACACCAAGGCAUCUGUACAAUGUAAAAGCUAAAAUUCGUCAGGGAAAUUUUACAGCAAAAACUAUUAAACAAUGGAGACCAAAUAAUUCUGCUGCUGUCUUUAAGCCCGGUGAAUCUUCAAUACAACACAGCCAUCCUCUGAAGGUUCUGAACCUAAUUGGAGGAAAAUUUUUGGAGUCAAAAGCUUGUGCGUUUAUUGAUGUUGUGAAUCCAGCAACACAAGAGCUUGUUUCUCAAGCUCCUUUGACUACCUAUGACGAGUUCAAAGCUGCAGUAAGUGCAGCCAAACAGGCUUUUCCUAAAUGGAAAAAUACUCCAUUAACAGAACGUCAACAGAUCAUGUUCAAGUUUCAAGAUCUCAUUCGCAGGAACAUUGACAAGCUUGCUAAUAGUGUUACUACAGAGCAGGGUAAGACAUUGAAAGGUGCUAAAGGUGACGUGCUUCGUGGUGUAGAAAUUGUUGAACAUGCCUGUGGAAUGGCAACCUUGCAAAUGGGGGACUUUGCACCCAAUGCAUUUAACGGAAUUGACACUUACUGCAGUAGAGAACCACUUGGUGUUUGUGCUGGGAUUUGUCCCUUCAACUUUCCUGCAAUGAUUCCCUUGUGGAUAUUUCCCUUAGCAGUCACAUGUGGCAAUACAUUUAUACUGAAGCCAUCUGAGCUAAAUCCAGGGGCUUCAAUGCUUAUUGCAGAACUGGCAAUGGAGGCUGGCUUACCUGACGGUGUCUUAAAUAUCGUGCAUGGUACCCAUGAUAUUGUCAAUCUAAUAUGUGAUGAUGAUGAUGUCAAAGCAAUAUCAUUAAUUAGCUCAGAUAAUAAUGAUGGAAUGUACACAUAUGCACGGGCAGUGGCCAGAGGCAAGCGGGUUCAGUGUCCUUUGGGAGUGAGAAAUCAUGCAAUUGUCAUGCCUGAUGCGAGUGAUGCAACUUUGGAUGCAUUGGUCACUGCUGGCUUUGGGACCGCAGGUCAAAGAAGCAUGGCUCUCAAUACAGUUAUCUUUGUUGGUGGUUCAGGGUCUUGGGAAGAAGAACUUGUUAGGCGCGCAAAAGCACUUAAAGUAACUGCUGGAAAAGAACCUGGGGCUGAUCUUGGACCAGUUACAAGUAAAGAGGCAAAGGAUUAUAUAUGCAAACAAAUUCAAAGUGGAGUUGAAAGUGGAGCUAGACUUAUACUUGAUGGAAGACACAUUAUGGUUCCAAGAUAUGAGCGCGGAAAUUUUGUUGGUCCAACUAUCCUGUGCGAUGUCACAACUAGCAUGAAUUGCUACAAGGAAGAAAUGUCUGGACCAGUUCUUCUUUGUAUGCAGGUUGACAAACUAGAAGACGCUGUAACCAUUAUCAAUCGACAGAAGAACGGUAAUGGAGCCACCAUAUUCACUACAUCUGUUGCUGCUGCUAGGAAGUUCCAGAAUGAAGUUGAUUCUGAGCUGAUUGGAGUAAAUGUACCCGUUCCAACAGCAUUGACAUUUUUCUCAUUUGAUGGUUUAAAGGCUUCUAUUUCUGGUGAUCUGAAAUUUUACGGUAAGGAGGGUGUUCAAUUUUACACAAAAAUGAAAGUGGUUGCACAAAAAUGGAAGGACUUGCCAGCCAGAAAACUUCCAUUGCCUGUCCCUCAGAUACUUGAGACUCAAAGACGUCAAUCUCCACCCGAAUUGCAACCUCCAACAUCCGGAAGUGAUGCACCCAACCUAGGAGUUUUACCAAUUACACCUUUAGCAUCUGAGAGGUAUAUAGCUAGCCAGAAUGCUCUAUUAUCCUUGCCUCCAUUAUCUGAAGUUGAUUCACCAAACCUGAUACCACGUUCAUCCAGAUGUCAGACCAUUGUUAGAGAGCUUUCGACCGAGGGCAGGGCAACUCAACCGCCUUCUCGAUUGGAGAGGGCUUUAAUAAACCAGGACAUAUCACUGGCCAUGCCUUCUGCUAGUAAGGAGCAUAAUUUGGAUGUUCACAGGACAUCGUUAUCCACACCACAAACUUCUGAGAGAGUACAUAUACCUCCAAAAUUUCAGUCUGGUGAUUCCCUUUCCCUAAAAUCACCAAGGACUGGGUCGGAUCUGUUUCCAAACAGGACUUAUGUGCCAACAGCUUCUCUCAAAACAAAAAGCACCACCUCAACAUCUCUGAGGAUGGACCUCUCUACCGAUCAAGACUCAGAAAUUUCAGUUCCUACAUCGCAGAGGAAAGACAUAUUGAGUCUAAUGUCCAGUGGAAAUGACAAUAUGGGUUCAAAUCUUCACAGGACAGACAUUAAUACUCGUCCUACCUUUGAAAGUAUUUAUGCUCCUGCAGCAUCUAAAAUAGCUGACUCUGCAGGCCUGCCAAAUUCUGGGGGUGUCUACAUGCUGCCACCGCAAGCCUGUAUUGCUCUGAUGCCUACGAGGGCAACCACCGUUUUGCAUCCAGCUUCCGAUAGAGAGUACCUGCAUACAUCUGGCAGGAAUGACAUGGUCCAGUCCCAUAUGACAGGUUUUAUGCCUCUAACUAGUGAAAGAAUGUACAUGCCUUCGACUUUUCAGAGGAAUAGUGAGUUGCCAACAUCAUCUCGGACGUCUGGUCAGAGAAUGUUUGAUCCAGAAACAGUAUUUAUGGGUGAAUAUUCUGGUCAUGGGUCGCAAUCAACAUCUCAGAGGCGGUAGGUGCCAUCGUAUUUUACCAUCCAUAGUAAACAACAGAUAGACGUUUGGGUAAUCCAUUGCAAAUAACUGUAAAGGUUUUCUAAAUUAUUAUAUGGUGCCAUGUUCUUUUUUGUUUUAUUUUACCUACACUCCAACCCAGUCGGUGUGACCAUGCAAAAGUAGCAAUUAGGAAUUGAAGUUUCAUACAUUGC